AGAAGGUCGGGUUGGCGCCGUGACUUUCAGUUUUCGUAGUUUAAACCUGAGCGUCUCAGUCCACGGCCCCGCACACGUGACGCCUGGGGGUCACUACGGACGUUGAAGUCCCCGCACCAGCGCCCCACACAGCGGAGCUCCUUGUCCCUGACUGUGUCCUGGGACAUAGGACAGGAGAGGGUGACCUCUCUCAGGAGAGGGUGAUCUCAGUAUUUCAAGGUCCUUCUGCCUGUCAGUUGGGAGGAAGCAGAUGAAGGGCCUGUGCCCACACCCUUGAAGGCACAAUCUCAAGCUGCAGGAGUCAUUCCUCCCCAGAACGUCACCUGAGGGAACAACCCAGAGCAGGAGGAGGACGAGGACGAAAUGGCUGCUUCUCGGGGACGGUUGACAUUCAGGGAUGUGGCCAUAGAUUUCUCUCAGGAGGAGUGGGAAUGUCUGCACCCAGCUGAGCGGAAACUGUACACGGACGUGAUGCUGGAGAACUACAGGAACCUGUGCUCCCUGGGUCUUGCUGUCUCUAAACCAGACCUUGUUAUCUUUUUGGAGAGAAUGAAGGACGCCUGGGAUGUGCAGCGAAAAAAGGCAGUGUCCAUCCACCCAGGAGAGAAGCCUUACAAAUGCAAACAGUGUGGUAAAGCCUUUUACCGCCGUUCCAAUCUUACUCGACAUGAGAGAAAUCAUACUGGAGAGAAGCCUUACAAAUGUAGAGAAUGUGACAAAGCCUUUAUUUGGCGUUCAAAUCUUACCAGGCAUGAGAGAACUCAUACUGCAGAGAAACCUUACAAAUGUGAGCAAUAUGGCAAAGCCUUUAGUCGGCGUUCACGUGUUGCUGUACAUGAGAGAAUUCAUACAGAAGAGAAGCCUUACAAAUGCAAACAGUGUGGUAAAGCCUUUAAUCGGCGUUCAGAUGUUACUAGACAUGAGAUAAUCCAUAGUGGAGAGAAGCCUUACAAAUGUAGAGAAUGUGGUAAAGCCUUCUUUCGGAGUUCAUGUCUUACUCAGCAUCAGAGAAUUCAUACGGGUGAGAAGCCUUACAAAUGUGAGGAAUGUGGAAAAGCCUUUAUUAAGUGUUCAGAACUUAUUAGACACGUGAGAAUUCAUACCGGAGAGAAACCUUACAAAUGUGAACAAUGUGGCAAAGCCUUUUACCGCCGUUCACAUCUUACUCUACAUGAGAGAAAUCAUACUGGAGAGAAGCCUUACAAAUGUGAGGAAUGUGGAAAAGCCUUUAUUCACUGUUCAGAACUUACUAGACACGUGAGAAUUCAUACUGGAGAGAAACCUUACAAAUGUGAACAGUGUGGCAAAGCCUUUAUUCAAUAUUCACAUCUUACUGUACAUGAGAGAAAACAUACUGGAGAGAAGCCUUACAAAUGCAAACAGUGUGGUAAAGCCUUUAAUCAGCGUUCACAUCUUACUGGACAUGAGAUAAUCCAUAGUGGAGUGAAGCCUUACAAAUGUAGAGAAUGUGGUAAAACCUUCUUUCAGAGUUCAAGUCUUACUCAGCAUCAGAAAAUUCAUACGGGACAGAUGCCUUACAAAUGUGAGGAAUGUGGAAAAGCCUUUAUUCACUGUUCAGAACUUAACAGACACGUGAGAAUUCAUACUGGAGAGAAACCUUACAAAUGUGAGCAAUGUGGCAAAGCCUUUAAUCAGCGUUCACAUCUUAUUAGACAUGAGAUAAUCCAUAGUGGAGAGAAGCGUUACAAAUGUAGAGAAUGUGGAAAAUCCUUUGUUCAUUGUUCACAGCUUAUGCGACACAUGCGGAUUCAUAAUGGACGGAAACUUGAAAACUGAAGAAUUUGGAAAACCUUAUUGCUGGACCC